CCAUCAUCGACUCACUCCUUCGUCCGCCGCUACUUCACGGCCGCCGGCCUCCGCCAACAAACUCUGGCCGUCGACUCCGACACCACCAUCCGUUAUUGGGCCUCCGAAUCCCUUCAAGGCCCAAACCCGCCAGUUCUCCUCAUUCAUGGCUUCGGGCCGCACGCCACGUGGCAGUGGCGACAUCAAGUGCGCCCGCUCUCCCGCCACUUCCCUCUGGUGGUCCCGGACCUCCUGUUCUUCGGUGGGUCCACCACAAAGUGGUCCGAGCUUUUCCAGGCCGAGACCCUGGUCCGGUUCAUGGACCACCUCCGCAUCAAGAACUUUUACGUGGUGGGGACAAGCUACGGAGGGUUCGUCGCCUACCACGUGGCGAGGAUGUGCGGCGGUCGGGUGCCCGGCGCGGUGAUCGCGAGCUCCGAUGUCCUGAAAGGGGAGGAGGAUGACAUGAUGCUGAGGGAGAGGACGGGCGUUGGGAGUGCGGUGGAGCUGAUGUUACCGCGGAGCACGGGAACGCUGAGGAAGCUUAUCGGGUUUGCUAUGUACAAGCCGCCGAGGUUUUUGCCGGAGUUCGCUUUGAAGGAUGCUAUAGAGAAUCUAUACAGCCAAAACUUGAAGGAGAAAGUGGAGCUUAUAAAGGGAAUCACUCUCGGCAACAAGAGCGAGUUUCAACUUACUCCUCUUUCCCAGGAUGUUUUGAUCAUAUGGGGAGAUCAUGAUCGCAUUUUCCCAUUGGAUAAGGCGUAUAAGCUUAAGGAGAAGCUCGGGGAGAAAGCUAGACUAGAGAUAGUGAAGAAAACGGGUCAUAUGCCAAACACUGAGAACCCGACCCGAUUCAACGAGCUCCUCUUAAACUUCUUCCUGAAUGACUCUAAAUCUUCAAUUUAACUUUUUUUUUCUCGGACUUUGUUGCAAAAGGAAGCAAUUUUUUUUUCUUUUAUUUAUCUUUUUUUCUUCCUAUUAAGCGUGACAAAGCUCAUAUAUUAUUAUUAUUGCACAAGAAACCUCAAGUUGAUGCAUUAUUUUUAUAAGCGCUCCAUGUACUGAACAAGUUUUAUCUAGAAGACGGGUGACAAAAUUUUAAGUUGUUGAAUUAUGCCAUGCUCUUUGAAUUUUCUACC